AUGCUAGAGGCAGACCACGCAAAUUACAAAUUAGAGAAGAGGCCAAGAAGACUAGCGACAAAUAGAAGAACUGGCGCUCAUGGAUUCCUCGCCAUCAACAGCCUGAGCUCUUUCCAGGAUGCAGCAGGAAGUGCAAAGAGUGUGAGAAAGUCGGAACGCAUUAAAGCCGCGCAUGAUUCAUCGCCAACUGGCUCCAAUCCCGCAACAGUCUUCACCGUCCCACGCCCAAGAGCAAGAUUCGCAGCUAAGGGACAGAGUCAGAACCUUGGGAUUGUGCUGGCUGACAUUGGAAACUACACCACUACAGCAUUUAAACUGCAGGAUAUCACCAAGGAGGGAGGGGGUCCGUGGAGAGAUUCUUCGUGGAGAGACUCUCUCCGUGGACAGACUUCUCUGAGGAGAGAAUGUCUUCGUGGAGAGAUCCUCUCUGUGGAGAGAGUUCUCCGUGGAGAGAAGCGCUCUGCGGAGAGAUUCUUUAAGGAGAGACUCUCUCCAUGGAGAGAACAGCCGAGGAGAGAUAAUCUUCAAGGAGAAAAUGUCUCUGUGGAGAGACUCUUCGAGGAGAGAGGAGCUCCGGGGAGAACCCGGCCAGCUUUAAACUUGCAAAGCUCCAUCGAAUGGUUCACAUCUCUAUUAAUUCGGUUGGUUUACUUCCUCCAGCAGUUUCCUUAUGCAUUCGUGCAAUCUGGCUAG